GAAUUGAGCUGUCCGUACAGCCAGGAAAUUCGGGGUUACAGCACCGAAGGGGUCCAUGGCUUGAGAUAUAAGUCCUGAUCUUCGAACUAAAUAGAAAGUUCCAAGAAGGAGUGAAGGAUGAAGCUCUACCUACAGUAGCUGCUCGAUAAACCUUUACCAAAGAUUAAAAGGAAUUCCAUGAAGACACCACUAGCUGAAAUAAUGCAGAUUGGUAACCUUUAUAACCUUGGAGUGGGGAAGACUUUCCUAACAAAGAUUCAAGGUCCAGAAUCUGUAAAAGAAAAGGCUGAACUCUACCGAUAUCCAAAAAUGAUUGAGAUUGAACAGGCAGAGGCCCAGCUCUCUGAGUUAGACCUGCUAGCCAGUAUGUUCCCCGGUGUGAAUGAGCUCAUAGUGAAUGACCAGCUGGCUUUAGCAGAACUAAAAGAUUGUGUUGAAAAGAGGACAAUGGAAGGACGAUCUUCAAAAGUUUACUUUACUAUCACUAUGAACCUGGACAUAUCUGAGGAAGCAGUGGUGAUGUUUUCUCUGGCCUGUGUUCUUCCCUUUAAAUACCCUGCAGUUCUGCCUGAAAUUACUGUCAGAUCAGUAUUAUUAAGUAGAUCCCAGCAGGCUCAGCUGAAUACAGAUCUGACCACAUACCUACAAAAGAAUUGUCUCGGAGAUGUCUGUAUAUUGAAUGCCACAGAGUGGGUUAGAGAACACGCUUCUGGCUAUGUCAGCAAAGACAACACAACCUCCCCUGCUCCAGGAAGUACAGUCCAGCCAGUUGACCUCAUCCUCACAAGACUCUGGAUCUACAGCCAUCACAUCUACAACAAAUGCAAAAGAAAGAACAUUCUAGAGUGGGCAAAGGAGCUUUCCCUAUCUGGGUUUAGCAUGCCUGGGAAACCUGGUGUUGUUUGUGUGGAAGGCCCACAAAGUGCCUGUGAAGAAUUCUGGUCAAGACUCAGAAAAUUAAGCUGGAAGAGAAUUUUAAUUCGCCAUCGAGAAGACAUUGCUUUUGAUGGUACAAAUGAGGAAAUGGAAAGACAAAGAAAAUUUUCAGUUUUUGAAGAAAAAGUAUUCAGUGUUAAUGGAGCCAGAGGAAACCACAUGGACUUUGGUCAACUGUAUCAGUUUUUAAAUGCCAAAGGAUGUGGGGAUGUUUUCCAGAUGCUCUUUGGUGUGGAAGGACAAGGAGCAGAAGAGUAGUUGAAAGUGUUUUGCUACUGUUGGUCUUUUGACUUUCUCCCCGACUCUUUCUUGAAAGAUUAAGUAAUUUCCCUUUAGUCCCAUUCUAAAAUGUUAAGGGGGAAAAAAAGAGGAAAAGGAGUAUAGCUGAAAUGCAUCUGUUAAAAAUAUUCAUGAUUGAAUGCAGAACUGAGUUUGGUUUUUUUUGUUUUGUUUUUGCGGUACGCGGUCCUCUCACUGUUGUGGCCUCUCCCAUUGCGGAGC